AUGGAAGGCACAUGGGGUGUCCGCUCUCCGUGCGGCCUCCACCCGCAGCCGCCGCUGUACACCCUCGGCGCCGCCACCCGGUCGUCACCGCGUCCGCCAACCCGCCGUGGGCCGCUUGACACGCAGGCUGGCCCAGACUCGCCGUCUGCACCUCGCGCCAAGGUCGAUGUGGACGUGGAUGGGUAUGGUGAUGGCGCUGGUGCUGGCGCUGGCGUGGAAGCGGUCGACGAGCAUGCUGGUCCGUCGGUGCGGUACGGGCCCGGGCGCGGACAGCCGCUGCGGCGGUACGUACCGCGGGCCACACCGGCACAGAUGGUGGCGACGGCGGUGGCCGAGGAGCAGGCCAACGCGGCGGUGGACGAGGCGGCGCUGGUGGCAUCGUCGCUCGAAGCUGCUGCCAUCUCGGGCUUCUCAUCGCAAGCCGAGCUGGCCGAGACCAUCCGCAAACCAUCGCGCCCGCUCCGCUCGCCGUACCAGCGCUCGGCCGUCCCGGUCACCACCAACGAGCAGUACGGCUGGGAGGAAGCCGAUCGCCUCUCGGGCCUCUACGACGACACCUCGCGGUAUCCGGUCCGCCGCUCCGACGAGUCCAAGUUCUUUGACCAGUUCUACGGCCACGGCUUCGGCGCCGUCCUCUGCACCCGGUAGUGAGCGAUGCCGAUGCCGGGCUUGCCGAAAAGCGGCGCGCCAGUAACAUGCAUGCAGGUCUAGA